AUGCCUGUGACUGUGGGUCCAUACGGGCAAUCGCAGCCCAGCUGCUUUGACAGAGUAAAGAUGGGUUUCAUGAUGGGCUUUGCAGUCGGCAUACCAGCAGGAGCGCUGUUUGGCACGUUUUCCUGCCUCAGGAUUGGCAUGAGAGAACGAGAGCUGAUGGGUGGAGUUGGCAAAAAGAUGAUGCAAAGUGGUGGGACAUUUGGGACGUUCAUGGCUAUUGGCAUGAGAAUCCACUGCUAA